CCGCGCUUCUGUUUACCACGACAAACAAAAGAAAGACGGAGUAAAAGCUGAUUGCGUGAACGCGAGCAUUGACGUCUUUAGGAAUUAAACAAAAAUGUCAGCCUCUGACUUUCUGAAGGGCUUGCCAUCGUACAAUGAGAGCAAUUUCACCAAAUACCACAAUGACGGUGGCAUCAGGAGCAGUGCGAAGAGGCCCUCGGUGUACCUUCCCACUGUAGACCACCCCUCGGAUCAAAUCAUCGUGACGGAAAAGACAAACAUACUGCUUCGCUACCUACAUCAGCAAUGGGACAAAAAAAGCCAUCACAAAAAGCGAGAUCAUCUAAAUCUGGAGACAAUUGACGAGGCUGGCUCCAGAAAGAGGCCAAGAUUGGACAACGGAAGUGCCGGUUCUUCGAGCGCAAACCCGCCAGCUGCUGGCAAUUCAAGCAACGACGCCCGGCAAUAAAUCUUCAAAAGCCUAUGGUGUCAGUUCCAGAACAUUGGGGACCACAAUCGUUUGAGUUGCUUCGAUAUUAUUACCAAAAACCCUCAACGCAUCCUCCGCAUUAUUGAGCCUGGGCAUUGUGGUCCUUUUGCAAAACAAUCCGAUUCUCUCUCCCCACACUUGAGGAAUGUUGUUCGAUCGCAACAACAAGUACGUUGAAUUUGUUUUCUUAUGUAUCCGAUUUGAUCGUGCCAAUGUGGUUGCAUUUUCAUGGUUUAUCUCAUAAAGCUGCAUUUUGUUUUGUUUUGAUUGAAUUCAAAAAUUAAUUUCUAACCGACAUAAAUAUAAAAUUUCUUUUGGAGUUGCACAAAACGCAUCGUUCUCCGAUUAAAUUGGAGAGGAUUUUUAAAUUUAAUUGGUUCGGAAAAGUGAAAUUGACGGGAUUAAUUAUUUCCAGAGUCCAGCAUAUUGUUGAUUCUGAAUACUUUGUACGCAUUACUAAUAACUAUUUAUUGUAAAUACAUCAAAUAAUAUGCCAUCAUAAAACUUGAAAA